AGGGUUCUGUAUUUUGCUGUUGUGCGGCUACACUUUAUUUUUAGGGUUUUUCAGUCUCUCUUUCUUUUACCUCUUCAAAUCUGCGAAGAAAAAAAUAUUCAAAUAUGAGUCUCCAUCCUGAAGUCAAGUGGGCACAAAGGCCUGAUGUGGUGUAUGUCACGGUGAUGUUACCAGAUGCUAAAGAUGCAAAAGUAAACUUGGAUCCAGAAGGAGUUUUUAACUUUUCUGCUAAUGCUGGAGCAGGAGACCGUCUCUAUGAGUUGAAGCUUGAGCUUCAGGAUAAAGUUAAUGUUGAGGAGAGCAAAAUAAGUACGGGCGUGAGAAGUAUAUUCUGCAUUUUGCAAAAAGCAGAGCCGAAAUGGUGGACAAAAUUAUUGCGUGGAGACGGUAAAGCACCACACUAUGUGAAAGUAGAUUGGGACAAGUGGGUGGAUGAAGAUGAUGAACCUGAAGCUGGUCCUGGGGAUAUGGAUAUGAAUGGAAUGGAUUUCUCAAAAUUCGGUGAUAUGGGUGGAAUGGGAGGUGAUAUGGCUUCAAUGAUGGGCGGAAUGGGCGGAAUGGGCGGAAUGGGAGGAAUGGGCGGAAUGGGCGGAAUGGGAGGAAUGGGCGGAAUGGGUGGGAUGAUGGGUGGAAUGGGUGGCAUGAUGGGUGGAAUGGGAGGUGAUAUGGCUGGAAUGAUGAGUGGAAUGGGGGGUGGUAUGGGGGAUGACCUUGAUGAUAGCGAUGAUGAAGAACAAGAAGUGACAAAGACUUCAGCUAAAGCUGCUGAGACGGUAGAUGGGGAACCUAAAGAAGACACCAGCAAGGCAGGAGGUGAGGCUGCAUAGGUAAGAAGUGUAAGCUCAGCCAGGCUCGAGUGCAUAAGUAGAUGUUGCUGCAGAGACCAGUUGGCUUGCUUUCAGCAAUGCACUAUAGUGGCAUGGUUAUAAGUCGUCCCUUUCAGUUCAUGAAAGUAAUAUAGUUUAUCGCGCAUGGGAGUUUGUUAUGAGGCACAUUAUUAUCAUUUUCAUCCAAAUGAGCUGGAAAACAUACCUCUAUGCUCAAAAUUGUUGACUUUUGUACUAAUGUUUUAGUUCAACUUAUAAUGGUGUUUGCAUGACUUGUAUCUGUAUCUUCCUGACCUGCCUUCUCUCUUUUAGAUGGUUCUGCUUAAAAUAUCCAGUUGUUUCUAGAACUAGUUCAACAUUUUAGAGUAGUAAAAAUGCUUGAUGAA